AUGGGUGAACUAUUUGAUGGUUGGACCUGGUGGGUCGAAGAUGCAUAUUUGCUGCUUACACCUGAAGAGGAGGACUAUAUUAGAGCAAAGUAUAUCACAAAAAACGAGGAAGAUGAGCCUAAGCUCACAAGAGAGCAAGAAAUUGAUCUCAUGAACGAACAAAUCGACGCAAGCGAGGGGUUCGAUAUCGAUUUCAGUUUGUUCCGUUGCCUUUUCAACUACCAUCCUCUUGACUUCGAUGAUGAUGAUUUCGCUGAGCCACCAGAAACCAAUGGGGAUUUAGUCAAGAAGCUGUCUGAGCAAUCCCUUGAUAUCUACAAUCAAGAAAACAGGACGGGAUAUGAAUUUGACAAGGUUCUGUAUGCAAAUUUCCACGGAUCAUCUGGGAUUAUGUUUCUGAUAACUUUCCAAGUGAAGGAUCCUGUUGAUAACCUAGCAAAAGAGUUCCAAGCUAGGGUUCGAUACACUUUUGUUAGCAACACCGACUUUGUCUUCUGUAGGCCAAAACCCAAUCAAGAAGGUACUCUUUCUUUUCCAUAA